CCAGAGCCAAGAGCGUAGUCCCAGCCGGGUCGUGGUCGGAAGUUUCAAGUGCGGAUCGUUUUUUCGCCUGCGCCCCCUCACCAAAAGAGAUCCCGUCUCCAGCCAACUGGUCGCUUUCGCCCACCCAAAUCCGACCACCAAGAAAGAACCACCACACCUCAGUCAUCUCAUCUCGUCUCGUCUGGUCUCGCUUUCGCUCUCGCUCUCUCUCCCUCUACUCUCUCCUUUGAUAUAUAUUUAUUUUUCCCUUCCGUCACGCUACGUCAAUAUAUUUUAUUUCCUUCGAUUCGAUGGUUCUGCGGCCGUCACUGUGGCCGCUGGACUAUUCGUGCUUCUCCUAAAGAGGUCUUCCUGGUGACGGACCUUUGGAUUCUUUGACACGACUGAUUGAACCAACACAGCAGGCCCGACAGGGCUUGGGCAUAGCCAUGCCUGGGCGUUUCUCGUCAGAUCAUUCUCGCUCGCUCUCCCAGACCUCUCUUUCUCGCCAUCCCUCGCAGCCGCCCGAGCCGACAGCACACCGGCGGUCAACCGCCGCCGACCGUGUCUCUGUCUCCAACCCGAAUGUGUUUUCGGAUGAGUACGCCCUCGACUCGAUCAACGCCGAAGAAUUCGUGCCCCGCGCGUCUAUUUCGUCCGUGACUGCCUCUCCAUUCCGCUCCUCGACGGUUGUGGGCCCGAAACCCCUCGACUCGCCGACCCCAGAGGCCCAGGCCGCUCCGACCGAGGAUCCCUUUGGGGAUGACGCCCAGCUUCCCGACGAGAUGCCGCACCGUUCGAGCCUGCCUCCCAAGGGCAUCCAGUUGGAGAACACCAAUCCCCACGACUCGAUCAACCAGGGUGCCCGCCGCAGCCAGAGCAUCUCCUCGCGUUUUUCGAUACCAGUCCAGCCCAUGAGCCCGUAUACAGGGGCCACCGGUCCCAGCCACCCUUACGCCAUGUAUUCGCAGGGCGUUGGUCGCUCGCCGAGUGUUGCGACCACCUCGACCGUGCGACCGACCGAGCAACCGUUGGGUGAUGCCAGUGCUCCACAGCACCCGUAUGCGAUGUAUCCGCAGAAUGUCGUUCUGGAGGAGGACUCGAUGGACACCACCACCACCGCUGCGGCCAUCCCGCUCGGCUUUUCGGGCCACAACUUGGGCUACCAGCCUCCUCACGGUGGUGGCCAGGCGGCCGAUGAUGUCGGGGACAUCGUGGGCCCGGAUGGCCAUACCGAACAACUGCCCCCUUACUCGCGCUAUCCGGAUGGCGUGGUCCCCAAGGUUGCCCCGGCGGCAGGCAUGUUGGCCGCUGAUACCGUCCAUGACGCCGGCGUCAUGCGGGAAGCCAGCCAUCCAAGCGGCUACGAGGCAGCGCUCGGGUCGGAAUCCUCGUCCAGGGUUCUCAUGCCCGCCGCUGGCGUCACGACAGACGCCAACGAGAACCGGCGCCUCCCCGUGAUGAUGACCGCCGCCGCCGCGGGGGUGAUGGCCUUCGAGGAGAAGCUCAAGGCCAAGGGCAGGCAGAAGGCAUGCUGCGGCCUGCCCAUCUGGACCCUCGUCCUGAUCGGGGUGGUGCUGCUGAUCGGUGCCUGCAUCGGCGGCGUGAUCGGUGGCGUCCUAGGGGCCCGCAGGGCACAGGACGGGAGCCACAAAUCCAAAGGCCCCAAGAUCGUCACCGUCACCGCCACCCCGGAGAUGGAUGCGACCCCGAUCUCAAGCACUUACCAAAACCUCUUGCCCCUGCCGACCGGAGAGUAUUACGUCCCCGCCAGCCCCAAGAAUCAGUCCAAGUUCUGUGUGGCCGAUUCCUCCUACCGCUCCGCCUGGGGCUGUAUGAACGAAGGCGGCGUCACGAUCGAUGUCGGAGGCAGCUCGACCUCACGCACCGUCUCUUUCGCCAACCAGCCCAUCACCGGCUCCUUCACCUACGGUGCGCAAGCCCCGUAUCUUCCCACGGCCACCCAAUCCCUCAGCAUGAUGUUUGAUACCAGUGAGCUGGCCCUGGGCCCUGCCCUUUUCUUCUACACAUACAUCGACAAGCUGGUUAUUGUCCCCCAAGGGAGCUUCCCCACUAGUGGUUCCUCCAAACGCGCCAUUACCGAGCGCGACGUCUUGGCCAGCAGCUGGAACGUGAAGCAGGUGUCCAAAGCGGGCGAUCUACCAUAUUUCUGUUGGUGGAACAGCACCGUCAUGGAGUUUUUCCUGUAUAUCAACGAGUCCACCACGGCAACCAACACGACCGCCGCGACCACCGCGGCCGCUACGACUGGAUCGUCACAGAAGGUGAAGCGCGAUUCGCUUGAGGACUACCCGCGUCGUAUCAAGAUCGAAGAGAAGCGGGACUACGCCGAAGCCUUGGCUCCCUACUGCCAGCAGAUGCAGGUUUUGGAUGAUGGGCAGGUCGUCACCGCGUCCCCAGACACAAUCACCAUCCAGGAGGUCGAACCGACCCCGACGACGACCGUCACGGGGACUGGCCAGAGCGGGUCACAGACCUACACCGCAAAGGCACAAUAUGAAAGUGCCUGUUAUUGUAUUUCCUUGACUGACUGAAACUUAUUCCGCAACCCCCUCCCCCCCAAUGUAUUGAUGGACUGGAGAAACAUAUACCAUAGGACUUUGCCCUGGCGUUGGCGUUGGAAAAGGGCUAUGUGGGAAACACUCUACCGGUUUAUGUGCAUACGAAUUUCUUCGACCUAAUUCUUUCUUCCUUUCUUCCUUCACCUCUCUCGUUCUCCUCAAAACUGUCAUGUCAUAUCCGACCCGAUCUCCACGGCGAAACUAUUUCCUUUCUCUUUUCCCUCUUAUUUUCUUUAUUAUAUCUCUCUUCUUCUCUUCUUCUUCUUCAUCUUCUUCAUCAUUUUGUCUGACAUAUUUUCCGCACUACCUUAUAUCUCUUUUUUUUUGGAUUCACCCUAUGGCGUUUAUAAGGGAAGGCAUGGUGCAACAGCAAGCUUCGGCAGAGGCCGUCGAUAUUCUGCUCGUUUGUUUAAAUUAUCUUUGAUCCAGGGACAUAUCUCUGUCUAGCAAUGGU